CCAUCGAAGGCAGCUUUUAGCCUCGUCAUCCAUCAGCUCUACCUCUCCCACAUCCACCUUCAACCUCGCUCGAUCCCUACAUCUAGACGACCUCUCCUUUGAGCCCGACAUCACCGCCGACCUGACGACUGACGAAUACGAAACCUCAACGAACUUGACGAUAUCGAUACACAGAGAAUAGCGUCCGGGGUGCCCAGACAAGUCAGCAACGAUGCCUGGCUUCGAUUUCUCGAACUACAACCGCAAUGCGGCCCUCCACGCCCGAGGCGUCCCACUUCCCAAGGCGACGAGCACAGGUACCACCAUCGUGGGAUGCAUAUUUGACGGCGGUGUAGUGAUCGCCGCCGAUACAAGAGCAACUUCAGGCCCUAUCGUUGCCGACAAGAACUGCGAAAAGCUGCACUACAUCGCCCCCCAGAUCUGGUGUGCGGGUGCCGGCACUGCCGCCGACACAGAAUUCACCACGGCAAUCAUUUCGUCCAACCUCGAGCUUCACGCCCUCUCCACAGGCCGCAAGCCCCGCGUGGUUACCUGCAUGACCAUGCUCAAGCAGCACCUCUUCCAGUAUCAGGGCCACAUUGGCGCCUACCUCGUCGUUGCCGGCGUCGACCCCACGGGCACUCACCUCUUUACCGUCCACGCUCACGGCUCCACCGACAAGCUCCCCUACGUCACCAUGGGCUCCGGCUCCCUGGCCGCCAUGUCCGUCUUUGAGACCCAAUGGAAGCCUUCGUUGACCGAGGACGAGGCCGUCAAGCUCGCCAGCGACGCCAUUCAGGCCGGUAUCUUCAACGACCUAGGCUCCGGUAGCAACGUUGACGUUGCCAUCAUCACAAAGGACAAGACCACCCUGAAGCGCGGCUUCGUCAAGCCCAACGAGCGCAGCGCCAAGCUCAAGAGCUACGCCUUCCCCAAGGGCACCACAGCCGUGCUCAACGAGAAGAUCAUCAAGAAGAACGAGAUUGGCCGCUACGUGAGCGUAACGGAGGUGCCUGCCGGCGAGGCGAUGGAGGUUGAUACCUAAACGGGUGACUGGUUGGUUUUCUUUAUGAAAUUU